AAAGAUUUAAACGGAAGUACCCGUGUGUCUCGUUUAGCUUGACACUGGUGCAAGAUGUCGCUCAUUCUUUCUGGACCGAAGCUGAAACCCAAAUGCGCAUCGCUGACCGACGAGUCUUUUUAGGAAAAAGAACCAGCUGCUCUUCCCGAAGACGGCAUGUUAGAUGUAGCAAGGGACAAGGAACAACCAGAGGUUUAUUCUGAAAGGCACACAAAUGGGAGAUCACCAAAUGUUUGGAGCAGCCAAGAUUUUAGUGCAUAAAAUUGGUGUAAAUAACGGGUGACCGACACUAAACCUGUCCAGAAUCAAUAGAAAGACGGCGCGAGACAGGAUUCUGUUGUCACCUAACAGAUGUGGUAACAUAGAAAUGACUGUCAACAUCUGUCUCCAAAUCUGUUCCAGCUGAAGGUGGAGCUGGGUUUUCGGGGUGCUCUCUGUGAGGUGAUGGAAUAAAAUGCUGCGCAUUACCGCUUCUACUACAGGUCACUUCAAUCUAAAACGUACCUGAGUCGGGAAUUUAUUCUUGACCUUUUUUUGUGUUUAGGCUUUUGCUGUUUUCUGCAACGCAACGAGGAGGAUGGUCUUUGCCCUACAUGUGAUUGUCAUGUCUUCGGCGUUUUUCAAUCCCAGCUUUGCCUUCAGCUCCCACUUUGAUACAGAUGGGGCCCCGCUGAGCGAGCUGUCGUGGCCUUCAUCCCUGGCGGUGGUUGCUGUCUCCUUCUCUGGCCUCUUCACCUUCGUCUUCCUCAUGCUGGCCUGCCUCUGCUGCAAGAAGGGCGACAUUGGCUUCAAGGAGUUUGAAAACACUGAGGGAGAGGAGUACCAGGCAGAUCUCUCCGCCCUGGCCUCGCCCUCCUCCCAGAAUGGCCCCGAGGUCUACAUCCUGCCCCUCACUGAGGUCUCCCUGCCUGUCUCCAAACAGCCUGGCAGAUCCAUCCAGCUGCUGAAAUCAUCAGACCUUGGCCGCCAUAGUCUACUCUAUCUAAAGGAGAUUGGACAUGGCUGGUUCGGCAAGGUUCUGCUUGGCGAGGUGAAUGCGGGCCUCAGCACCACCCAGGUGGUGGUAAAGGAGCUGAAGGCCAGUGCCAGUGUCCAGGAUCAGAUGCAGUUCCUCGAGGAGGUGCAGCCAUACCGGACCCUGCAGCACCCUGCCCUCCUGCAGUGCCUGGCACAGUGCUCAGAGGUCACUCCUUAUCUGCUGGUCAUGGAGUUUUGCCCUCUGGGUGAUCUGAAGAGCUAUCUGCGCAGCUGUCGGGUGUCUGACUCUGAGACUCCUGACCCGUUGAUCCUCCAGCGAAUGGCCUGUGACAUUGCCUCGGGCCUUCUGCAACUCCACAAAUACAACUUCAUACACAGUGACCUGGCCUUGCGAAACUGCCUCUUAACUUCAGAAAUGUCAGUUAAGAUCGGAGAUUAUGGUCUUUCCCACAGCCGAUACAAGGAUGACUAUUAUGUAACACAAGACCAGAUUUGGGUUCCCCUGCGCUGGAUUGCACCUGAGCUCAUAGAUGAGGUCCACGGAAACCUGCUGGUCGUCGACCAAACAAAAUCCAGCAACAUAUGGUCAUUGGGGGUGACUGUGUGGGAGCUGUUUGAGCUGGGAAACCAGCCGUACAGACACUACUCUGACAGACAGGUGCUGACAUAUGCUGUGAAGGAGCAGCAGCUCAAACUACCCAAACCUCUGCUCCAAUUCCCCCUGGCUGAGCGCUGGUAUGAAGUGAUGCAGUUCUGCUGGCUGCAGCCAGAGCUGAGACCCAGCAGUGAGGAAGUCCACCUCCUGGUCACAUACUUGUGUGCCAAAGGCUCCAGUGAGGCGGAGGAAGACUUCGAACAACGCUGGAACACCUUGAGACCCAACCUGCUGGGCAGCACCUCCCACACAGCUACAUCCACAGCCCUGGUCCUGACCCCUACACCCGCCUCCGCUGAUGUCCCCAGUCCAGACCAAACUCAGGCAGUGGAGCUGGCCUCCUCCGCCUCGUCCUCCUUCCCCCUCCUGGAGCACUUCUCUGACAGCUUCCACUCUGACACAGGGGACGACCUGCUGACUGUCACGGAGACCAGCCACGGUCUCAACUUUGAGUACAAGUGGGAGCAGGCCCGAGCUGAGCAGCCCUACUGCUCCUCCUCAACCAGUGGGCCACUGGGUCAGGGGAACCCAUAUUACCAGGAUAUCUACUACUCAAGUAGAGGAAGCACCUCAGGGGGCUGCAAGACCGACAGCCUGACCUCAGGCAUAUCCCCAUCCUACUACGAACCUGAACACCCGGGGGUGGUCCCGGUGUUGAGUGCCCACAGCCCCUCAGUCAGCAGCGAGUACUACAUUCGCAUAGAGGAACCAGUAGAGUGCAACAUUAACCUGGAUGACAGCGUGGUGGACUACAGCCCGGGACUGGAGGCCAGCAGCAGCAAGCUAUCCUCAGAGAGUCGGACUGGUUCAUUAAAGGCACAGCCCAGUGCUUACUGGUCAACUGACAACAACAAAUCUACUGCCUACGACUCUGAUUCAAGCCCCACUGUCCAACUCACCAUGGAGCCCCUGCUGAGACAGCCAUCCAGCACCAGUCCUGUAAAGCUAAGUCACUCACACAACUCCUUCUCUUCCAGUCAGGACGACACGGUCUACUGUGAAUCAGCAUACAAGUCACGCCAAUCCUGUCUGUCUGAACUGGAUGCAUCGCCAGAGUCCAGGUCGAACCUCCUCCAUCCGGUGGGGCAUUUAGAAAACCCUCGCAGUUUAUCACAGGCGGUCAGCAGCCCCAGCUUAGGCUUCUGCGACCCCUACCUUGAAGCCAGCACAGGGCGGAGCACGGUUAAUGAAAACUGUCAUAACAUGAUGGGUCCCCUCAGAAAGACACUGCCCAUUGUUAACCACAUCAGCAUUGAUGUAGGCACUGACGACGGCCUGCUGGUGGGCCAGCAGAGAGGCGAGGACAUUGAGGAUGACCUUUUCUCUGAGGGAGAGGCCACUAACUGGACCUCAAACCAUUCAGCAAACAAUAAUAGCCUGAGCUUUGACAGCAGGCACACGGGCAGUGGGCAUGACAGCUAUCUGGACCUUCAAUAUGCUGCUAACACAACAGAAUUAUGGUCUUUGACCAAGGCCACCACCAGAACCUUCCACAACUCCAGGUCUUGUGGCUCAUUUGAAGCAGAAGGAGGAGGUUGUAAUGCUGCUAGCAAGCCUUCUGAAUUAGGUUCAUACAUUCACUUAUGUCACAAAGAAACGGAGGAAGCUGCCACUCAAGCGGAAAGAAACUUAACCGCAGAAAAUAUAAGAAGUAUUGAUUCUCUGAGCAGCUCAGGUAUUAAUACCAGAGGUACAGAGGGUGGAAAAAUGGAGGGAAAAUAUGAAAAACAAUUGUUCCUUAAUGGAGAGAGGCUGUACUCUGAGCCUAAAAUGAUACCUGAAGCAAGCUAUAUUAAGUCCCCGUCCUCUUUCAAGGAGCCUCAGACUGGUCAAACAGGAGCUCUGUCAGAUAAGCAGCGAGGUAACAUGUGGGAGGGGGUUUCAACGGGAAUCUCUCUCGCUGUGGGAGACAAGAGGCUGAACUAUCCAGAGACAUCAGAGAGCAGCAGGUCGUUGGACAGCGGCGUACGGGUCAGAGACUCCAGCGUCAGCCUGGUUGAGCUCGGUGACUACAGUGAGGAUGACGACGAUGACAUCACUGAUAUUACGUCAGGGAUCUUUGCCGACUUCAACCUGGACUAUGCUGAGAUAGAGGAGGAAGAGCUCAGCCCACUGAAACAUCCAGAGGGAACUCCGGACUCUGUCGACACCCUUAAUUUGUCCUCGUCGAUGGCGAGUCCCUGUGAUCAGGCAUUCAGCCCCGACCCCUUCAACACCCCGGUCCUCCCAAAAUCCUUGGACAGUGGCUACGACACAGAGAACAACGAAUCUCCAGAGUUUCUCUUCAAAGAGCUUGGAGAUCCUCGGGGUGGCGAGAGGAGCCCGAGGCUGGGUGGAGAACCUGAACUAGUCCUGCAGGUGGGUUUGGGCCAAGGGGUCUGCACUUCCACAAACACCUCAGAGCUACAGUUAAAGGGCCUGACUGAUAAGAACCCAUACAGAGACUCAGCCUAUUUCUCUGACUAUGAUGCUGAAAACGAGAGGAGCCCUCAAGAGGAAGGCAGUAAGUUCUUUGCAGGUCCCAGUAACUGUGACUUUCCUUCUGAUAAACUGAGCUCCAUCAGCGUUGAUGAUAUCAUCAAGAGGCAAUGCAACGAGGAGCAUUUAACACAUUUGACUCAUAUGAAAAGUUGUGCGUUGGUGAGUCUCUCGGAGGUAGACCCUAGUUCACAGCAUCCCCUUCCCACCCCUGGGUUGUCUAUGCUGUCACCGUUUCCUCCACAGAUGGGCGGCUGCCUGACUAAAGAGUCGGCCCCGGCUGAUGAUGAUCUCGGGUUGGAGACGGAGCACUCGGGAGAGGAGCCCACGUCGGAGCUGAGCUCCUCUAUUGGGUCUGAAGCUUCUUCCACCGUCCAGGAGGCCUCUGGAAACCCCGAGGAGGGGAACAAGAAGGCAGAAGAUUGCUCCCCCGUCCAGUCUUUGCAUUCUGACUCCACCAUUACCGACUACAGUGACGAGGCCGCCAAAGAAAACGAAAACGGCGAAGGAUCCACAGAGGAGGAGCUGCCCGAAUUCAAUCACGUCAAGGAGGAAACUGAAGACAGAAGGGAAGGUGUGAGAAUAAACGAGGAAGACUUCGAGGACAUAGACGCGGAGGAAUGUGACUCACAGGACAGCUUGUGCGAAGAAUCCAACGGCCCCGUCGACCUGUCCUCGUCCUCGUCGCUGUUGGAGCUGUGCGGGGAAGACGUGAGAGCCCCGCUGGAGGAGGCGGAGGAUGAAGACGACUCGGAUGACAGCGAGUCUGAUGAGGAGCUGAGGACCUAUAACAUCCAGGAUGAAGACAGCGAGGAGAGCGAGGAGGAUUUCAGCAUAGUGCCAGUGGUGGUAAGCGACUGCAGCAGGGCCAGACACCUCCGCAGCCUCCUGAAGAUGCCCACGCUGCUCACGCAGUCCUUCUGUGACGAGUUGGAGAGGAAGAAAAAGGCUGUGUCCUUUUUCGACGACGUGACGGUGUUCCUGUUUGACCAGGAGAGUCCCACGGGAGAGCUGGCUGACUACGCCUUCUCUGCGGGAACAGAGUCCAGUGAACAGGAAUCUCCAGAGGAAAAAAACACAGACCACCAGCUGCAACCUGACCCCGAACUUGAAGCUCAAUCCUGUGAAUCAUUCUGUGUCUCUGAAGAAAUGGACGGGAAUAACUCAGAAGAGGGCGGGGGUUAUGAAUGGGAAGACGACGUCUCGUUUGAGCCCCGCCCGUCCUCACCUGACACCAUCCCUGAGCCCCCGACCUCACCCACCUCCACCUCCAACAGUCCUGAGGCUCCUAAACCUGCAGCUGUAGCACUCAACCGUUUUAUGGUGUCACGAUUCUCUAUCACACAUGUCUCCGACCCCCACACAACAGGGAACAGCGAAGAUAGCCCGAAAGAUUGAUCGGCCCACGGUCCUGACUGGAGGAGGAUGAGUCCUUGUCCUUCUCAACACAGAAAAGCAGCAUUAUUAUAUCUAGAUGUUUUACAGAGUUUUAUUUUUUAUCAACGUUUGGGGCAUCUGACCCCUGGUGACCCUUUAUGAGACAGUGCCUCAUAUUGUAGUGAAAGACCCUCAAUGAUUUGCACCUUUUCUUUUAUUUUGUAAAGAGAGAGAUGCUGGUAAGGCAGUCUGGGUGAGACAACCAAGAGGGUGGAUACAAAAUCAAAUCAUAUUGUUUGCGGAAAAUAGAAAUCAUCAGUAUAUCAGUUUAAUAUAUACAGUGUAUGACGAUAAAGCAUUUGCUCGAUGCAGCUUCGAUUUCUGUUGGUGACCUUACAGCUGAUUUAAUUUGUGAAUUUAAAAAGGAAAAUACAUGAAAAUAAAAGGAGACAAAAAAAUGACAGGCUUCAUAGCUGCUCCUCUCAUUGGCUGCCUUGGUCCAUCUGCUCACCAUUGAUCUGGCAUUUUUAAAGACUGUUACAGCUCCCAGUGCUGGAGCCAGAGAACAAUGCUUGAUGAUUGUUGCAUAAGAAGCUAUUGUUGAUUUCCAAACACAAAAUGAGACUUUUUAACAGCCGUGGGUGGUGGUGAUGGUGUUUUGAAGAUGGAGGUGCUGAAACUUAAUUUGUCCCUUAAUACAAGUCAUAUCCAACUCAUAUUGAUGGUGGAUUUAGUGUGCUAUGUUAAUGGAAACAUAAUAGAGGAACUCAAGGUGUCGUCACUCCCUAAUUAUCACCACCACUCACUCUGGUUAUUGACCUGCAGUUUAUGUCUGUCUGAAGCACUUUGUAUAGCCAAACUGGGUCUUUGUUUGUGGAAGUGAUGGCUCUGUUGCUCUUCAUCUCUCCAUCAUGGAAUAAAGUAUCUAAACAUGUGCGAUUCCUUA